AAGAAAAUAAAUAAAAGAAAACUUAUAAAAAUCCUAAUAAGGAUAAUUGAGAAAUGUGGGCGCAGUGCUAGCAAGAGUCAAAAACCUUGAAAAUCAAAACACACCAAAGAAGAACACAUGUUUUGAUUAAUUUGCCGGCACAGACCUGACCCUUUCAAACCUCUUUCUCGUACAAAGUUCCUUCCCCUGCAAUAUCAAGAAAUUCACUUCAUUAACAACACACACACACUCAUGCCAUGAUUUCUCAAAUUAGCAUGCUUUCCCUUUUCUUCUUCCUCUUCUCCUCUUUUCUAAUCGUUUUCUUCUUCCGCAAAACCUCUGCACUUCACAUCCUCAACCAAUGGUUCCUUUCCUUCGAAAACCGUCUCCACCUUCACCAGUCCUUCAAAAUCCCUCGCUAUAAUCUUCACUCUCUGGACAAUAGCCUCUACCGGAAAAUCCUCACUUACCUCGAUUCUCUUCCCUCCGUUGAAGAUUCCGAUUACACCAACCUCUUCUCCGGCCCCAAUCCCUCCGACAUCCUCCUCCACCUCGACCCUAACCACACCGUUCAUGACACCUUCCUCGGCGCCAGGCUCUCCUGGACCAACGCCUCCGGCGACGCGCUCGUCCUUCGACUAAAGAAGAAAGACAAGCGCAGAGUCUUCCGGCAGUACUUCCAGCACAUUCUCUCCGUCGCGGACGAGAUCGAGCAACGAAGAAAAAAGGACGUCAAGCUGUACGUGAACUCCGACUCCGGCGAGUGGCGCUCGGCGCCGUUCACGCAUCCGGCGAGCUUUGAGACGGUGGCGAUGGACGCGGAGCUGAAGAACAAGGUGAAGUCCGAUCUGGACCAGUUCCUGAAGUCGAAGCAGUACUACCACCGGCUAGGCCGCGUUUGGAAGCGGAGCUACCUCCUCUACGGCGCGCCUGGCACCGGAAAAUCCUCCUUCGUCGCCGCGAUGGCGAAGUUCCUCUGCUACGACGUCUACGACGUGGACGUUUCGAAGUUCACCGAUGGCGCCGAUUGGAAGGUGAUGCUGAUGCAGACGACGGCGAAGUCUCUGAUCGUGAUCGAAGACCUAGAUCGCUUGCUGACGGAGAAGUCAAAGUCAAACACAACGAGCUUAUCGAGCGUGUUGAACUUCAUGGACGGAAUCGUAUCGUGCUGCGGAGAAGAGCGCGUGAUGGUGUUCACGAUGAACGAAACUAAAGAGGAGGUUGAUCAAGCGGUUCUGAGGCCUGGGAGGAUUGACGUGCACAUACACUUCCCCUUAUGUGAUUUCUCCACCUUUAAGAUUCUCGCGAGUAGUUACUUAGGGUUGAAGGAGCACAAGCUUUUCCCUCAGGUUGAGGAGGUUUUUCAGACCGGGGCCCGGCUCAGCCCGGCCGAGCUUGGUGAGAUUAUGAUAUCGAACCGGAAUUCGCCCACGCGGGCCUUGAAAACCGUUAUUUCGGCCCUGCAGGUGCAAUCCAACGGCCCGAGAGAGGGACAGAGGUUGAGCCAUAGCGGGUCGGGUCGGAAUAGCGAUGAUAACGAACCGGGUGCGGUUAUAUGUAGGGAGAGUGUUCACACGGUGAGGGAGUUCCGGAAGCUGUAUGGGCUUUUGCGUUUGGGAAGUAGGAGGAAGGAGGAGUCUUAUUCGGGGCCCAUAGAGAAAGAGCCUCCACGUAUUGAGAGUCGGGUCGGAUAUAACUAAUCGGGUUUUCUUUCCUUUUAUUAUUUUUUUAAAUGUAAAGUUGCUUGCCCGAGUUUUAUUUUUUGUUUUUCCGUUAGAAAUUAUAUUAUUGUAACUACACAGAAAGAUAAUGGUAGGUCGGUAAGGUCGAUGCAACUACACCUCACAUUCUUGUUUAGUCCGUUGAUAAGAACAGAUAUUAAAUGCAUCACUUAUUCUUUAAA